AUAGAACAUACGAACAGCUGGGAGCACCCAAGACACUGGCAGUUAGAAAAGUGAUGGAGGACAAGUAGGACCUCGGGGGCAAGUAAAAGCAAGAAGCACUUGAAAAAGGAAAGAAAUGUUAAGAUGACCUGGAGGGAAGAAAAAGAGAUUUGGGAGAAGAAGACAGUAUUGUUGAUAACACUGGGAAGGGAUUUUGCUAUACAUUAGCAUUUGACAAAUAGGGGAAACUUUAUUUGUUUAUUUGUUUGGUCAGAAGAAAUAAAAAAAAAAUUCAUCACUGAAGAGGUAUCCUGAUAAUGUAAACAUUGUGAUAAGCUAAAAACUGGAACCAUCUAGAAGAAUAAGACCCAUCAUGUCCUUCUCAGGCCAUGCCCAAAAGACCAGCAAAAGGACUUUUCCAAUGGAAUCUGUUCUAAUGCCCCAAGUUCCACGUGGCAAUUACUUGCAUCUUCAGGAAGAGAAGCAAAGACUACAGCUCAAGAAAUUCCUUCUUCAUAGGAUGUUUCUUGUGGCCAAGAUAACAGCAAACACAGAAAAAAAAAAUAUUGCUGACUACUAUGAACAAGUGCUUCAGUCAACUUUAAAACUUCACAUAGGAGAAGCAGUGACAGGGUUUUUGCUCAUCUAUCCUACUUCUAUUCUGCAUAUCCUUGAGUCCUCCAGUGAUAUGCUUUACCAAAUUCUUUUAGAUCAUCUUGACCAGAAAAAGAAUGAUACAGAAUUUUUUAUCCAAGGGAUGAAAAUUAUAGUUGUGUCCCAUAACAUCCCGACAAGACUCUUCAUGCAAUGGCAUGUAUCAGAAAUAAAAGCUCCAGUCAUGUAUCUCGAUGAUGUCACACAGACACAGUCCCUAGAAGAGGUCAUCACCGAGUUUCUCACCCAGACUCACAAACUGGCAAUUCACCUUUUAAAGACUGUGAAAGUGAGUGCUAAAGGACCAGGGGAUAACUUGCACCAACUAGCACCUGAAUUGCUCAUCCCAGAACAAAUAAUAAAGUACUUGUACAAAUCUGAAGAAUUCAUGGAUCCAGAAGCUUUCCUAAACAUGUAUAAUAAACCCAUACAUAUCACUUUGGAUUCUGAGGUGGUAUGGCCUGCUCCUUCCCAUUUCUAGGAUUGAGAGAGAUGUGGUUAAUGUGGCCCAAUCUCUCAAGGAAUUGAUGCUACUUAAAUAAAAAGAAAACACUUC